AACAAAACGACAAGGUGGAAAGCAAAGAGCUCGCAUAAAUGCGAAAAUAAAUCGAAAGCCACUGGAGUAAAUAUUUAAUUGUGAUAUCGGGAUCAACAGGAAGAUUCCCAGGGUCAGGUCGCCGAAAUCAUAACAAUGGCCCUGCUGCUGGUGCACCUGCGGCGCCUUAUUCUGCUGCUGACCGUCGUCUACCUGAGCGGAGCGGUGUUCCGCCGGCUUCUCUCCGAGCGGCACCACGCCCAUAUCCUGCAGGGGAAUGGCUAUGUGGCCUUCGGACGUCUUCGAGGAGGCGGUGGGUCCAAGGAGCCCUACCACUUCCAAUGGUGGGCCUACAUCUACACCUGCUACGCCUACGCCGUGCUGGUCAACUACGUCAGCAUGCGCCGCCUGACCAACCUUAUUGAGUUAUUCUUGAACUGAAAAGUUCUCUUAAACCUUAGAGUGUUUGAUUAAAAACUGUUUUGUUUUGCUAUGACGAUAUCCCUGUUAAGUUUCAAUUAAAUAACUAUAAUAACUUGU